AUGAACCUCCAAUCCCUCCCCCCUGAGCUCAUCCUCUCCAUAACAACUCACAUCCCAAACACCUCCAACCUGUACGCCCCCCUCUGCCAAGUAAGCCACUACUUCUACAACAUAACCAUCACCGCCCUCUACCGUGCCAACAUCCGCAACGACUACAACAGCGCCCUCCAAUGGGCCUCCAUCUACAACCUCCCGCACCUAACGCGAGACAUGCUCGCGCACGCCGGUUGA